AUGGCCCUUCGAGAUAUGCUAGAGGAAAGCGAAAAACCAAAUUUCGAUAAUCUCAAAUCUAGAGCAUCUAAGGCUAGUAUCCUCGCGAAAGUAAGUCGUAAAAACAUAUUCAAUUAAUAGAGCAUAUUUUUAUAGUUUGAUUUAUCGACAAUGAUAAUCGACAAAUUAUAUAAUCAAGAUGAAGUUAUUACCUUCACUUAUUUCAAAAUUUUGAAACAGUUCUGUGAAAAUUGUUUAUCAGGUAAGCUGAAAAUGAGAAUUAGCUGCAAAACAUUAGCAAAACUAAUCUGAAAUGUGAUUAAUCGAUAAGUUUCUAGGGGGAGAUCUGUUUUUCAUUAAUUAUUCAAUGUUUCAUAUGUUCAGGCAAUUGUCAGUCUCAAAAUUGAUUAAACACAACUGAGUGCAUGCCAAACUUUCAGGAGGUUUUUUAUAUUAGUUAUGAACAUAUAAAAAUGAUGAAACAUCCGUCUGUGCCAUCAUACUUCAUGAAAUGUCUUAUUCCAUUGUGGAAUAAGAACUCUCUUCACUUGAUUCUUGAAUUGAAAAAAAUAAUAUCCACUAAUGAAAGUCAACUACAAUCCUUUCAAUUUUAUAAAUCGCAACUGCAAUCAAAAAUAAAAGCGGGUCCACUUCAAAUGGAAUUAAAAGAAAAAGAAUGUUUGCAGAUUCAAAGUGGCCUUAUAAUUCAUAUGAUUUCUAAACCAAGAAAUGAUAGAAAAGAUUUCAAAAGAUUUCUUCAGUAAGUAAAACAAUCCAAUACUUGUCCCCCCAAAUUACUUUUUUUUUCAGUGAUUCUACAAAUUCAUUCCGAAACUAUACUUGUCAUGAAAUAGUAACUGCAUUCGAAGAAUUUCAACGAAGUGGAAAACCUCUUGCUUCAAAGGCAAAAAAGAAUCGUUGA